UUGUAUCUGUAUUGAGGUUGAGUGACGCCGAUCGCAGGAGCCUCGCCAGGGCCACGCAGUCACAUACGAUCUGAUCAGUCUGCCCGUGCGCCAAGUCGAGGAUCCAGCGAUCAUCUCGUAGGGCAUCGGCGAUCGUCCUGUUCUUUCUCCUUGAGUGUUUAUACAGCGCCAGAAAAAGUAGUUGGAGCGUGCCCGCCUGGAGCCAAGAGCAAAUCCAAAACCUGGCCGUCCGGCCGUUGCCGACCGUGACCGAGGUAGCCGCGCUGAAGAACAGCCUGUCAGAUUCAGAGCACGGGGCCUCCAUGCCCGCCCAUGGCCUGUCCGGGUGCUUCCAGGACAGCCAUAGCCAUCUUUGCCGCAAGGCCCGGUCGAAGCGCUCAGGGUUGAGGACGCCGAGCCCCUCUCUGUCCAGCUGGGAACACACCUUGGUCCAGUUCACCUUGCAUUUGCCCCCAGACAGCUCUUCCUCUUGCGCCCACAGAAAACGGCGCCUCACUUUGUCGAUUUCCUUGAAAAAGUUCUUUGGCAUAAGGAGUACGGUCAUGGCAAAGGUUGGGAUGGCAGUCAACACAGCUCUGACUAGCACCCGCCGUCCAGCAAUGGUCAUUAGCCUGCCCUUCCAGCCUGCCAGUCUUGCUCUGAUCCGAUCCAAAAUGAACUAGAGAUGCACUAGCCUUGUUCUUGUCAGGGUGAUCGGGAGGCCCAAAUACUUGAGCGGGAAGGUGGUGAUGGUGCCCCCAAAACUCUGUAGGAUCUGCUAGAUGUCAAUACUGUCGCAUCGAAUUGGGGUUGCUGUUGAUUUAUGUCUGUUGAUCUUCAGCCCCGUUGCCUCGCCAAACAUGUUCAGAAUGGUGAUCAGCGCCUCCAUCUCAUCUCUGGCGGGGUUCAUGAAGACGACCGCAUCAUCAGCGUAGAGGCUGACUCUUAGUUUCAGCUCCCUCCUCGGCAACGGCUGCAUCAUCUGUUGCUAGACGGCCUCAUCUAUCAGACGUUGCAGUGGAUCGAUUGCCAGGAUGAAAAGCAGUGGAGAUAGUGGGUUGCCCUGACGAAGACCUUUGCGAUGCUGAAUUUUGCUCCCUGGCGCACCAUUGAGGAGGAAUUCAGAGCGAGAGGUUGACAGCAGCCACGCAAUCCAAUCUCUCCAUCUGGCACUGAACCCAAGUUCCUCCAGCAGGUAGUCCCAAGACACGCUAUCAAAUGCUUUUGAGAUGUCCAAUUUCAGUAGCAAUGCCGGAGUUUUGCUACGGUGCAGUGCUCGGACUCCAUUCUGAACAUACAAGAAACUGUCUUGUAUACACCUCGUCUUCACGAAGGCUGACUGCUCAGGGGAGACGAUCGUGUGAAUCACUUUUGACAGCCGGAUUGACAACACCUUGGUGACCAUCUUCGCAAACGAGUGGAUCAGACUGAUUGGGCGAAAGUCUGUCAUCCGCACGGCCCCAUCCUUCUUCGGCAGCAGCGCCACAAAAGCAGUGUUUAGGGCAGCCAAAUUGCCACCGGCAAGAUGGUAGAAAUGGUGGAAAGCCGCCAUGAUGUCGGCGCUGAUGAUCGACCAACAGGCCCGGAAGAAGGUACUGCUGAAAUCGUUGGGGCCCGGCGCCUUCUCCGCCGGCGAUUGCAUGAUUGCCGCCCAGGCCUCACCUUCUGAGAAAGGGUUGUCCAAACCAGCUGCAGGAACCCUUGGUAGCUGCAACACGCUCCAGUUGAGGGUCACACGCCGCCCCGUGUCCGCUGCCAUCACCUUGCUGAAAUGAUCAUGGAUGAUCUGUGCUUUGUCCCCAUGAGUUGUGGCAAAAUUUUCGUCGCUCUGGAUGGUGUGGAUGAAAUUCUUGCGUCUUCUGGAGCAGCAUUUUGCAUGGAAGAACUUUGUACUGGCGUCGCCUGCUCGCAGCCAGAGCACCCUGGAUGCCUGUCUUCUUCUGGCCCUUUCAAUGGCCGCCAGACCCACCAGACGCAUCUUGAGCAGCUUGCGCAAGUUGAAUUCCGCGGUUGAAAGUGUUCUUGUCUCCUGCUCCACGUCCAGCCGGAGGAUUACCUCGCUGGCGAUGUGAAACUGCGCCUUUGCAUCGCUGAACAGCGAUCUGCUCCAGAUUUUCAGGUUGCGGGCAGUCCCGGUGAGCUUGACCUGCAGCCAUGCAAAAGCACAACGCUGCUGAACCGGGCGAUUCCAUGCACGCUCGACAGUAGUGUGAAAGUGCGGGAAUUGUGGCCAGAAGCUCUCGAAACGGAAACGAGCUCAACGGAUCGGGGCGUCGCAUGGCGCCAGGAUCAGCGGGCAGUGGUUGGAGCACGCUGUAGCAGAAGCCAUCAGAACGUAGGCGGGAAAGAGGAGCUCCCAGCUAACAUUGCAGAAGAAUUUAUCUAUACUAACCAGCGUGGGAUUUUGCCGUUCGUUACUCCAGGUGAACCGCCUAUUCUUACACUUAAUCUCCGGCAGCCCAGCCGCAUCUAUAGCCGCCCCAAACCUCCCCAUGAUACGCCGAUUCAGGUUGAAAUUGUUCUUAUCUCUAGCCUCGUAGAUAUUGUUGAGGUUGCCGGUGAGUAGCCAGGGAUCACUUGGGGGGGGGCUGAUCUAGCCAACUCAAGCAGGAACACGUCCUUCCGAGCCUUCGCCGGCCCAUAAACAGUGGUUAGCCAGAAAGUGGCGGCCGGUCGGAGGACGGUGACUUUAGCAGUGAUGGCGAAUUCACCAACAACAUGGGACACGAUCGAGACGAUCUGGUUAUCCCAGAGGAUGGCCACCCCGCCCCUGGAGCCAAUCGCAGGUAAAACUACACAAUCGGCUAACCUGCUCCCUCCUACGUCUCUAACUAGGGCCGGCGACCAGUUGUCGAUCUUUGUUUCCUGAAGGUAAAGGAUCGCUGGUCGAUGCGCCGCAACGGCUUCGCAGACAGUGUCUCGCUUGGCCGGCAUAUUGAGCCCACGCACAUUCCAGCUAACUAUGGGGCAGUGGUUGUCACCCAUAAGGAAACAUGAUCAUACUCCAACAGCUACUAGUUCCAUUGAUCGAAGAGACACACGAACACGACGACAAGCACACUCCACCACCUUUCGGGGGACGCUGAUGCCCACCAAUAGGCCCCAAAUAGCAGCAGCGCCGACUACCUCUAACAGCUAACCCUACAAGCAUUACAAGUGAGCCUAACUCAACCCCGCUUAAGGCCGGGCGCCAUUGGAGAUUACUACGACAUGGGACUAACAUGAUCAAACCGCGGCCUCCUCGACAACUCCAUCAGGACCGUCCAUGGAAGCCGCCACACGCAGCGCCUCCUUGCUGAGGCGGGUCAGCUUGGCGAUGCAGACAAUGUCGCCGUCAGUGAGCGGCUCAUCGAACUUGUGCAGCAGCUUCUCGACUGUCUUGGCGGUCAUCUUCUCCUUUGGACCAAGCAAGCCCAGCUUGCGCACCAGCCACAGGGUCCCUCGCUGCGAGACGGGCACGAAUGUCGGGUUUGCAGCUUGUCGGGCGCUGUGGCGAACAGGAGCAGGCACGACCCUAGUCUUGGGCGGGGCAGACGAUCGGCGCACCGACGCUUCAGGCACCAACGGCGGCUUGGUGGCUUGGAAGAGGCGCAGCGGGCUAGCGGCCGGGUCUGAAGCCUCGCUCUCUGCACCAAGCUGGAGGCAGCAGACCUGGUGGGUGACGGCGCCCAGCUGCAUCUCCGCCGCCGUGGGACGGGCCGGUUCCUUGCGACUGAGGUGGCCCACCGCGGCGCUUGGGCCGGCCAGGGUUGGGCCGAAGACGUCCGGCAAGCCCGUGGCCACCGCGUGGAUGCUGUUGACUUGGUCGUCGAACUCCAGAGGGGCCGAGACCACAGCCGCCACGUGGGCCUCCAGCUCAGCAGCCAUGCAGUCGAAGGGGGGUGGCUGCGAGAGAUGGUUCUUGGCGCCGGCGAAGAAGUCGGCGAUCGGGUCAGGGACUGGUGCAGCUUCAGCGGACGGCGGCGAGGGCAGGGGAUGCGGUGCCUGGAGUAGAGCGGCCCCCGCGCCCGCAGCAUGGCGGCGGCCUGAGUUGCAGCGGCCCCGCGAGCUCUCGGAGCGACGCUGCCCAGGGGGGAGCGGCUGCGGCGACGAGACGCGCCCUCCUGGUCGGCCACCUCCUUUCCGGCACGACUCCGGCCUAGGAGCGUGUCCUUCCAGGACCUGCGCCCACCCUGAUCUUCUCCGUCGUCGUCCUUGCGGCCACCACCUCCGCGAGGGGCGCCGUGGUACCCCAUGUCCGCAAGCGCAGCAAGCUGGCGACGGUGCUGCGGCUCACGCUGGCCAUCUUCCACCCCCUUCUUCCAGGAGCCGGCAGGGAUGAUCCGCGGCAUGGGCCUGUCGUCCUCGUCAGAGUCCGAUGAGGGCAGGCCGCUCUGCACAGAGCGAGGUGAUCGCGGCUCGUAGGGGGACCAGUCCUAUGCGGUCCACAUGGAUGAGGACAUCAUGGCGGCUUGCAGAAGGUGGCGCAGCGAAGACACGGCCGGGCGGAGAGAAGCCCAGCAUCUCCACGCGGCCCGCUCCCCGCUCCAUCAGCCAGAACGUGUGCUUGGUCGGGAUUAGGGCCACAUCCCAAACCCAGACCCAGCAGGCGAAGCUCUUGGCGUGGCUGCGCUCGAAAGUGCGAUUGUCGAGGCGGUCGACGCGGCAGCCGAGAGCCUCUUCGGCCCCCUCCACGGACAAGAAGUGCUGGGGCAUCUUCUCGAUGACCACCCGGACAUGGUAGUUGAAGGUCUGAACCACGGCGUGAUCGUCUUCGUGCCAGCGCUUGAUGAAGAACUUGGCGCCGUCGACCGUCAGGGAGCCCAGCUUGACGACUUGGUCUUGAUGGAUCGACAGAUCAAAGAUGAUGAGGUAGUCCUUCGGGUCGUGGCUGGUGAUCCACAGCAGGUGCAGAGGGAUGCGCAACCGAGCCUCGAGCUCCUGCCUGACCGCCAUGGCGCUGGAGGAUCGCCUCGCGUCCGCUGCCGUGAGCAACACCGCCUGGCGCUUCAGGACGAAGGUGGCGUGCUCCAGGGCGCGGGUGGACAUGACCACCUUGCAGCUUUGUCGCGGGCUGCGCGCGGGGUUGGCGACGUGGGUGCCCUCCAUGGCGAGGGGCGGCGACGGGGCGGGGGACGAAGGCACAGCAGCAGCAGCAGGGAAGCGAAGUCUAUCCCGCGCCGGCACCCGGGCGGUGGCUGCGGCGGGGUUGCGCUUGGGGUUUUGAGGGCACUCCCGGCCGAAGUGACCAGAGAGGUUGUAGAUGAUGCAGCAGAUUGGGUCGCGGCAAUCUUUCCUACAAUGCUUCUUGCUCAGGCAACGAAAGCACUUCCCCCGGAACUGGCUUAAGAAGGCAGCCCGGCCGGCAGCAGCAUUGAAGUCGCCUCGGCGGCCAUGAAGGGCCGAAGGGGGGCGCGGCCUAUUGCCCGCCAUGCCAGAGCUUGGGCGCCGGUCUUUCUGGGAUGAGACGUCGGUCCAUCCCCGCCCGCCUCUGCAGGGGAGGGAUUGAUGCCAGCAGCGGGUGCAACUACAAUGGAGUGAAGGCGUGGUCGCUCCAAAAACGGCAAGGAGGGAGGAUCCGCGGCUAGAUCCGCAGGGUGAAGCAGGGGCACAGCGGUGGAGCUCUCUCCACGAAGCAGGAUCUGCGGCGGAGAACCUGGAUCUCGCGCAUUGACUCCGCAAGACAGCUGCGAGUCCGGCACCAUGGACGGACCAGAGGACACAGGGGAGGCAGGCGAGACCGCGCGCAGGCUACCACUAGCGCUAGAUCUACGAGAACACGACCGUCCCAUACCGCCCAGCAGGCAGCAGCUGGUAGACGCCGCGGGUGGCAGCCGAGGCCGGAGCGACCCACGGUGCGGGGGGUGGCUGGCGCGGCCAAGUCGCAGCCGGGGAUGGGGUGGCCGCCGUGGCCGGAGUGGCCAGCGGCGCGGUGGGAGCGUGGGGCUAGAGCGUCCGCCACAGAAACAUAGUCAGUAAUUGGCACUUGGCUCUUAGUGAGGAUGAGAUUGAUCGUAGGGAACUUCUUUGGGCAGCUAUUGAUGCUUGUACGGACAUGUUAGUUUGAACUUCAAAGAAUAUAAGUUAUACCAUGAAAACAGUACCUGUGACAUUCACGUAACCUACCCAAAUGUUUCCUCUGUUUGUAAAUAGUCAAUGUGUACGUGCAUUGCACGUUAAUUUAGAAGUAUAUUAAGUGCAUGUUGAUAUUAAGUAGGAUAUUAUUUGCGUGUUAUUAUGUGAUUAGCACUAUAUUUGGCAUGGAAUUAACUGCACGCUAAACGUGUUGAGCGCUCGACAUUGAAGCAGUCUAGGUCGUUGGAUUGACAUGAUUUGAUGGCCGAGAUUAAUUGGAUCUGCCUCUUUGGGUCUUUUUAUAUUGGUAUAGAUGAGAACAGCAGGAUUAUGGAUAGUUCCGAGAAGGCGCCUCCCGAUCAAGGCUAUUAAUACUCUUGUUGUACUUGUCAAGUCCGACAUCCUAGUGCUAUGUCUCGGCUGUAUGGGUGUCAAGGAAAUUUUCAACCUGGCCUGAUGGAUGCAAGUGUUUCCUACUCUCGUAUCUCUAUGGUGAUCAAGACUCAGCGAUCCAUGACACACAGAACUUUGGCUCACUGCUCUCACAAAAAGGGGUAAACAUGCAUGGCGUGCCAUAACUGGGUCUGGUUUGCAAGGAAGCAUUCUGUUGUCUGGCCAUUAUUAUUGUGGUCACCUAUACAAAUCGAACUGAUCUGACAUGCUCAUCCUCCAUUCAUGGGUGAUUGUUGUCAUUAGCUCCACUCUUAUCACCUUACCAAAUCUGAAGCCUCGCUUCUCUCCUGGAUGUGCAUGUUGGUGGAUGGAUGUAUGCAUUCAGCAAAGCACAGAGGCAGAAGUCCACCAGUCCAAUCUUCAUCCUUGACUCUCAAAAAUCUGCAUAGGCACAACUCCAUUAUGCAUUACAAUAUGACACCAUGCUUUAGCCUCAUCAAUCUUUGUAAAGUUUGUGGAUGGACAUUUAGUUUGUUUUGAUAACUAAAGGGGAAAACCUUUGGCCAGA